AGGCCAGGCCCCAGGAACAGGCAGAGCAGCUCAGGCGCCGCUGCCUCUUCAAAGUCCUCCCAGAUUUCCCCUCGCAUCCGCCCCGAUCUCGCCUCCAAUGGACGCGGUGCCGCCCGCGCGCGCGGCGCGGCCCACGAGCCCGUCGCGAGCGCCCAAGGCGAUCCGCAGCACCAAGCCGCGGGGCCUCGACGAGGACACCGCGGCGCCGCCCGCGUUCCCCAAGGCCAAGUCCCUCCCCUCCUCCGCCGCCGGAGCCGAGGCCUCGCUCCUCCACCACAACCACCACGCGGACGUCCCGAUGGACGCCCGCGUCUGGGCGGGGCUCCCCGACGACCUCCUCGUGGAGGUGCUAGCCCGCGUGUCGCCCUUCCUCCUCUUCCGCCUCCGUACCGUUUGCCGUCGCUGGGAGUCCGUCCUCCACGACCCGGCUUUCCUCGCCGCGCACGCCGCGGUUCCCUCCCACGGGCCCUGCCUCCUCACCGUCUCCAGGGGCGGCAACGGCACCCACUCCCCGCCGCAGUGCAGCGUGCUCAGCGUCCCCCUGCACGCCCGCUACAAGCUCCCCUUCGCCUUCCUCCCCGCCUGGGACCUCUGGCUCGUCGGCUCUUCGGGAGGGCUCGUCUGCUUCUCCGGCUUCGACGGCGCCGCCUUCCGCACGAUCGUCUGCAACCCGCUCACGCAGGCCUGGCGGGUGCUCCCCGACAUGCACUGCAACCAGCAGCGGCAGCUGGUGCUCACUGUCGACAAGAACCGCCGCUCCUUCAAGGUAAUCGCCGCCAGCGACGUGUAUGGGGACAAGACUCUCCCCACUGAGGUAUACAACUCCAAGGAGAAUAAAUGGUCCGUGCACCAGAUGAUGCCCGCGGCGAACCUGUGCUCGUCGAAAAUGGCCUUCUGUGACUCUACGUUGUACCUGGAGACGCUCUCUCCGCUGGGGCUGAUGAUGUAUAGAGUGGACGCGGGGCGUUGGGAGCAUAUACCUGCCAAGUUCCCACGGUCCCUGCUAGAUGGCUAUCUGGUGGCUGGAGCUCGCACGAGGCUGUUCUUGGUUGGGCGGAUUGGGCUAUACAGCACGCUGCAGAGUAUGAGGAUCUGGGAGCUUGAUCAUGGUAGAUCAGUUUGGGUGGAGAUAAGCCGAAUGCCGCCCAGGUACUUCAGGGCUCUGCUGAGGUUGUCGGCGGAGAGGUUCGAGUGCUUUGGACAGGACAACUUGAUAUGUUUCACUUCCUGGAACCAGGGCAAAGGUCUUCUCUAUGAUGUUGAUAAGAAGACUUGGUCAUGGAUUGCUGGCUGCGCUAGCCAGCUGUGCAAUAGUCAGGUCUGCUUUUACGAGCCAAGGUUUGAUACAUCAAUCUAUUGAGUACGGCAAUAUGAAAUUAAUUUUAUCGGGUUCAAUAUUGAGAUGCCUGUGCAAUGGCCUAUUAUCAUGGAUGUCAGAUGCGUCAAGUGCCGAGAUGGAUAGUACUUUCGUUGAGACACUACCAGUAGCAGACUUGAGCUACGAAUUUGCAAAAUCAUAUCUUUGCUACAGCAGCUACCAUCUGGCACUUCUGGAUUACAACAUGCAGAAUGUUGCCGUUUUUCUACACAUGGAGGUCCACUUGUUCCAUUCCAUUUUGUUAUUUCUUGUAAAUGAUUCUAGGCCUGAAAUGAAAAAAGGCAUGCAGUUCAUUGUCAGUACAAUUCCAGUGGUUACUGUGGACUUAGCUCAAUCUAGAGUCAAAUUGGAUAUGAGAUUGCAUUUCUCUACUCAAUUGAUUUAUGCACUACUUCUUAUGAUAUCUUAAUAACAUCAAAUUGCAUC